AUGAAUCACUUGCGCAAAUGUCAGGAAUUAUGUGAUGUUGUCCUUGUGGUUGAGCCCAAGCGAAUCCUCGCCCAUCGGCUUGUACUUGCGGCAUCAUCUCCAUACUUCAAGGCUAUGUUCACCGGAGAGCUUGCAGAAUCAAGGCAAACUGAGGUGAAACUUCACGACCUUGAUCCCUCCGCAGUGGAAACGCUCGUGGAUUUCUGCUAUACUAGCAGGAUUCAAGUUGAAGAGAAAAAUGUACAGGCUCUUUUGCCGGCAGCUUGUCUCCUGCAAAUGACGGAGAUCAAAAACGUUUGCUGUGAGUUCCUCAAACGCCAACUGGAUCCUACCAACUGCUUAGGCAUACGGGCUUUUGCUGAUACCCAUUCGUGUGGCGAUUUGCUGGCCUUGGCUGACCGUUUUGUUCACCAGAAUUUUUUGGAAGUUGUCGAAUCGGAGGAGUUCCUUCUUCUGCCCCUGAGCCAGCUGGUGGACCUGCUGAGUUCAGAUGACCUGAGCGUGCGUAACGAGGAACAGGUUUACCUGGCUGCCAUGCGCUGGAUCCUCUACGACCUUUCUUCCCGCCUGCCGCAUCUACCUAUACUGCUGCAGCACGUGCGUCUGCCCUUACUGUCGCCCAAAUUCCUCGUUGGCGUAGUGGGUGCCAACUCGCUGAUUCGUUCCAGUGAAUGCUGUCGUGAUUUGGUGGAUGAAGCCAAAAACUACCUCCUCUUG